AUGGGACAUAGUCAGUUGGAUUUUAAUAUUCAAACAUGUUCCGUAUACUCAUUUGAAUCAAUGGAUGCAGAGGAGAAAGAACCUUUUAUUUAUGACGACUUUUCAACUCCUAAUCGUUCAAGGAAUUACCCUUUAAUUGUUGGUAAAACUAUUUUUUAUGUAAACCCAGGAUAUCUCUCUGAAUAUUCAAUUUUUUUUUCAAAAUUUUUUAAUAAUAAAAAAAAUGUAGACAUAAGUUUAUUAGAUAAUACUGAAGAAAGUGAUUUCUUGGAACUUCUCAGAGUUUUACAUUAUUGUCCAAUUCGAAAACCAAUUGAUGAUUGCAAUGCUAUGUUAUGUUUUAAUUUAUCAAAUCUUUUUCAAAUUGGUACAUUAAAGAAAUAUACAGAAAAAUAUAUAAAUAAAGUAAUUAAUAAAACAAAUAAUGUUGCUAUUUUGGCUGAUAUUGUUACACACUUAAGUGUCUAUGAUAAUACUUCGGAUUCAUAUUUUCUUGCAAUAAAUAGAUUGGUAAAAUUGGAGGAUGAUAAAUUUUGUUGUUCUGAUACUUGGAAUCACUUGUCUGUUGAUGUUUUUGAUGACGUAAUAUCAUUACGUUAUCACUAUAGAAAAUAUAAGAAAUUAAAUAGAUUUUGUGAAAGGGUAAAAAAUUGGAUGGGUAGAAAAAAUAUAGAUGUUAGUUCUUAUUAA